UAACGUAAAGAAGAAGCAAGUUCGGGGAGGUUCAUUCAAAAGGAAGAUAUGCUCAUUCAUCAAGCCAACAGCCACUAAACCAGCAAAAUCGUGCGGCAACUCGAUCCACAGAAUCAUCUUGACACAUCCACCUGUCUGAGUCGACGGCAUUUGCUUUUUAUUUUAAAAAAAUUCUGACAAAUCUGGCUGAGCUUUCUAAGGCCGUUUCUGAAACCACCUAAAUUUUUGAUAGAAACAUCUGUGAAGACCACCUGGAGAAAACAGUUCACCAAAUUCCACAAGGCUCUCUGAAGGCCAUCAUCUACGGCUCCAGCUCAUCUGAGGAAAAACUGACGUGUCUCUCACCUGAAACGCAUCUCCAAGUCAUGAGCUCCGAGCAUUUGGUGUACGACGUGGAGAAGGGCAGCAACGUGAUCGUGGUGCGUGACCCACCCCACAAAGAAAGCCACUGGAAGUGUUUGAGCAUCUGCUCUUUCCUGCUCCUUAUUGGGGCUGUCACUGUUUUCACUCUGCUGCAGUUCAAAGCAUUUGGGACCUCGGAAAACCAGGAUUCUAUAGGAAGUGGAAAUCCCUUUCCUGAAGGAAUGCCACAGACACUGAAAGUGCAAGCUGUCACAUCUGGGAAACCUGCUAUCCAUGCCAUUGCAUCCAGAACUCAUAAGAAUAACCUGAUUUGGAUUACCGAUUUGGCACCUGCCAUGACAAAGAAUGGUAUGCGGCUCGAUAAGAAGGAGAAUGUUCUCGUGGUCCCUUCCUCUGGUCUCUAUUUUGUCUAUUCUCAGCUCUUGUUCCAUGGAGAAAGCUGCAGUGGACACACCCAAAACUCUCUACUGCUCACUCACAAAAUCUUUAGGAGGUCCAAAGAGUACAGUGGGGAGGAUGUGGAACUGAUGAAGGCCGUCAAGUCUGUCUGUGAUGGUGGAAACGUCAGCCCAGACCUCAACAAGCUAUGGUUUGAAUCCAUCUAUCAAGGGGGUGUUUUCCUGCUACAAGAAGGGGACAAGCUGGGGUCAAACACAGAAUCAGCCCAAUAUCUGAACUGGGAUCGAGAGGGACAAGUGUAUUUUGGAGCUAUAGCCUUGGAUUAAAAGGCCAUCUUGAUUCAUACUUACACAACCCAUAUUCCUCUGACUCUAGUCCCACCAUUCAAAAUGCAAACCGUCUCUGUACCCUCAAGUUCCCAGAAUGCAACAGUUCCCCAAGGGCUGUGGAGAAACUUCUCAGCACUCCUUGCUCACAGAAUAACAACAACAACAAAAAGAGGGUACAGGAUGGAAUCUCUUUUUAAACUUGAAAAUUCCCACAUUGCAACUGAAGGGACAGAACUGGAAGAAGUGUAGGAGGACAGUGUUGUUAAUAAUAAUUAUUGGCUAUUAGGGAUUAUUAGUCACUUUUAAUCUAAUUUAUUUAUUUAUAUUUAUUUAUCAAUUCUAUGAUAGUACUGUUGGAGGACAGGGAGGGCUAUUAAAAAUGCUUAUAUGCUCAUGAGUGUGUAUGAAGAGCACAAAUAAUUUGGGGGGGUAUGAGUGUGUGUGAGAGAGAGAGGAUGUCAAAAUGUCAACAACAACAACUAAACCCUGGUGUGGGUGCUUUCUAGAACCUGCCUCCCAGCGCUUUCUUUCAGUUCACAUGUAUGUAUACUGUGUAUAUCUGCUAUAAUCUGACUCUCAUCGAUUUAAUGAUGUAUGUUACACGAACUGUCCCUGAAUUUUUUGGGGGGCGAAAGUGGAGACUAGGACUCCUGUUUACUAUUUCAGUUAUUUAAGAGGGGAAAUUUUUCUCUCUGUUAGAUGCUGUUUGUAUCAAAGAUACAAAGAUAUUCUUAUUUUUUGGUACUCAAUGGCAGGUAAUAUCUUAUGUUGAAAUGUAAUAUAUGUCAUAUAUUUUCAAAGGGGAAAAAAUCAUGCCGAUGUGUAACUAUUAUUAUUUUUAUA